AUGACAAACGAGUUUACUUCUAAUCGAUGGCUUUGUAUACAGCUUACAAGAAAGUUUAAUGGGCUGCCUGAUAAUGAGCUAUGGUUAGAAGAUUUAAGAAAUACAAUUAAUACUCAAGAUAUAAUCAUCCAUACUCAUGUAUGGAUCGCAGAUAAUAAUAACCCAGUUCCAUUAAGUUCUAAAUUUACAAUUCAAGAGAUAGUGUAUACUUUUAAUAAAUAUAAAGCAUUUAAAUUUUUUAUCAACUUGUAUUAUGAUGAUUUCGGUGCCUUUAAUAAAGCAUAUCACAAAUUAGGAGGCAUUUAUAUACAAAUUGGUAACAUGAGCCACGAUCUACGAAAAAAAUUAAGGAAUCAUUUUCUUAUUUCAUUUGUACCGUUCGGAGGAGAGUUUAGUGAUGUGUUACAAGAAUUUAUUGCAGAUAUGAAAGAGUUACAAAAUGGAAGACACAAUGCUGAAUAUGAGUGUCGCGCUUGUAAAAUUUCUCAAAAUCAGCUGUCUGAUGUGGAUUUCGAUAUAUUUCAAAAUGGGAGAUAUCACCAUAAGUUAUUUGAUACUAUUCAAGUUGCUAGAAACAAUACGGCAAAGAAAACAGGAUUGACUCGCAGGUUAUUUGAUCAUUUAUUAAACCGCGAAUUAGAAAAAUCAAGGCUUGAUGCUUUACACUAUACAUGGAGAACUUUCGAAAUGCCAAGAAAUUGGAAACGCUUUCAAAGCCCGAUCAAUUAUUUUGAAUCGUAUUGGAUGA